AUGCGUUGCUCCCUGAAGCGUGCCCUGGCAGCUGCCCUUGCAGCCUCUUCCCUCUUUCUCUUCCUCUUCCUCUACAGAGGCUGCCAGCAGGAAGAGGAUCCUCUGGCGGUGGAGCUUCAGGGCUCGGCCCCAGCCAUGGUCCUGCAGCAGCUGCAGGCAGGAGGAGCUCUGCACACCCUGAGCGACACUGACGACCUCUCUGCACUGCACAACGUCUCCUACCAGCUCCUGGCUGGCUCCCUGACACCCCACAAAAGGUUCCUGGCCGUGGGCCUGGCCUCGGUGCGGCGGCCACGGGGGUUCUACCUCCCGGCCACGCUGCAGUCCCUCUUCCAGCAGUCGACGGAGCAGGAGCUGCAGGAGCUGGUGGUGGUGGUGCACCUGGCAGACCCAGACCCCUCCUGGAACAGGCGGGUGGCUGCCAGCAUCGCCCAGAGGUUCGCUCAGCACAUCCUGCUGGGCAGGCUCCUGCUGAUCCACGCUCCCCACCAGUUCUACCCCAGCUUGGAGGGGCUCAAGAGGAACUACAACGACCCCGAGGAGAGGGUGAGGUUCAGGUCCAAGCAGAACCUGGACUAUGCCUUCCUCUUCGCCUUCGCCGCCAACCUCUCCUCCUACUACCUGAUGAUCGAGGACGACGUGCGGUGUGCCAAGUCCUUCCUGACAGCCAUCCGCAGGGCCGUAGCCUCCCGGGAGGGCUCCGGCUGGGCCACGCUGGAGUUCUCCAAGCUGGGCUACAUUGGGAAGCUUUACCGCUCCGGGGACCUGCCCCGCCUGGCUCGCUUCCUGCUGCUCUUCUACCAGGAGAUGCCCUGCGACUGGCUGCUGGUCCAUUUCCGCCUGCUGCUCACCCAGAAGGAGGUGAUCCGCUUCAGGCCGUCCCUCUUCCAGCACAGAGGUCUCUACUCCUCCUUCCAGGGCACCCUCAACCGGCUGGAGGACGACGAGUUCCAGCCCGACGCCUUGGACCUGCCGGACAACCCCCCGGCAGCGCUCUUCACCAGCAUGGCUGUCUUUGAGCACUACGAGCCCCUCAAGGCCUAUAGCACGGCAGAAGGCUACUUCUGGGGCAAGGACCCGGCAGCUGGCAGCGUCUUCUCCGUCGUCUUCCAGCAGCCCGUCCGUGUCAGCCGGGUCCGGGUGCUGACCGGCUCCGCGGAGCGCCCGGGGGACUCCCUGCGCUCGGGGGUGCUGGAGCUGGGCCGGCGGCGGAGGGCGGACGGCAGGGACUGCGCUGCCUACACCCCCGUGGGCACCUUCCAGAAGGGCACCUUCGAAGGGCAGGGGCUGGAGAGGGCCACGGGCGGCCCCGUGGAGUGCUUGAGGAUCAGGGUGACGCAGGGGCAGAGCGAGUGGCUCAUCAUCCGCAGCGUGGAGGUCUGGACCACGGAGGGCUCCUGA